AUGAGCGAGGACGACGACGAAGAAAGAAACGAGUUAACACUGAGACGUUCACUUUUCGAAGAAUCAGAUCUGUUGUUCUCAAACCAACAACCCUCGACGACUGUGUGCCGUUUGGCGUCCAAUCCGACGAAUCCUUCCCCUCCCGAGAGGGUAACGACUUUCACCAACACCGCGUCGAAGAAGACAACAAAGAAGACGAAGAAGAAAAAAACGAACGACGAUAAAGAAGAAGUGCAACAACAACAACAACAACAACAACAAAACCCCAACAAUAACGAGAAGUCGUCCCGGUCGUCGAUGGAAAACGAACUCGUCGUAAAAGUCGCGUGCAAAGUAUACGCGUGCGAGGAAGUGUGCGAAAACAAAUACCAGAUUCGGUCGAAAACGUGUCGCUCGUGCUUAAACGCCAAAGAGGUAUUCGUCGAAAAAGGAGACGAGAUGGCGUCGCGGUUUUGUCAAAAGUGCACCAAGUUUCACGGCGUGGAUAUGUUUGAAGGCGGAAGGAAAGCGUGUAAGAUGAGUUUGAAGAAAGUACAGGAGAAGAACAAGGUUAUUUUCGCGAAGCAAAAGAUGUUGUUGAAGGAGUGGGAGGAGGCGAUGACGCGGAGGACGACGACGACGACGACGACGACCGCGGUGAAGAGGAGUACGAAGGCGAAGAAGGAAAAGAAGAAGACGAAGAGCCAGGAGAAUUUGUCGGAGGAAUCCAAAGAUAGGAAUACCAUUACGACUAGCGAUACUCAGACCAUGAACAACCGGAAAACGAUGAUUUUGAAACCGUGCACGAUGGACAGUUUGUACUCUACAGACGAAGGCCACGAAUCGAAAGCCGCGGCGGCGGGUGCGCCAAUCGUAACGAAAACAAUGGGACGCGACCAACAACAAUCAUGGCCCGCCAUCGUCGCCGUCAAUCGCGUCGAUCGGUUACUCGAAGCAAUAAAAGCCGAGAAAAGAAAAGAAAGUUUACUGGGUUUGAAUUUGGUUAAACGACGGAAACGCGGUGAAGAAGAAGACGAAGAUUUGGUGAUGGCUGCCGCUCGAGAAGAAGAAGGUCGACGAGAAGAAGAAGAAAAAGAAGAAGAAGAAGGAAUAGACGAUCCGAUGGAAGGGGAGGAAGGAGAAGAUGACGAUGAACGUAAAGAGCAUACCGACAACGCGAAGAAGCCGCCGAAGAUAAAAAAACUUCCAUCUUUGGUCUCAAACAUACUCGUUCGAUCGAUCACGCCGACGCUCUCUGGUGUUGUUCGAUCGAUCACGCCGACGCUGUAUCGCGAAGCGAUGGAGUCCAAAUUGAAUGAGUUUCGCGGACUGUCCUCCAAGCUCUCGCCGCCGCCGCCGCCAAAGGAUUGA